AUGAGCUGGGGGAGCAGCAGUGACUACUUCAGGGACCUGGAGACAGUCACCCAAGGGCUGAGCCAGGUGUUCGGCGCUGGACUCUCUCUGGAGACCUGCAUCACCUCCUUAGCUCAGCACUACCAGAAGUGUGUUUCUAAGGGCCCUUCUGAUGCUGCUACUCCUCCCCUCCGGAGCAAGCCUGUGAGCCCUCAGUCCUUGUUAGAUCCUUUGUCUCCCGCGGCUAACCUGGAAGCCACAGAAAACCCAGAGAGUGCCAGCGAGGAGGAGAUUAAACAAAAGACUGAAGAACGCAUCAGGCAGUCUUUGAUUGAUGUGUGCUCGGAGCCAGCGGCCAGGCUGUGCCCGAGCGAGUUCGCUGUGGUGCAGCAGUCGGUGCAGCUGAUCGGCAGUGGGGAGGACGCUCUCAGCGUGCAGGUCCUGGAGGAUGCCCACAAGGUGGACCCAAAAGGCCUGAGCAGCUGCACUUGCCACUUCAAUCAGGCCUUCCAGCUGCCCUGCCGGCACAUCCUGGCUGUGCUGAACUCAGAGAGGGAGACGCUGCAGCCAGAGGUGCAGCAGGCAGUGUGGCAGAAGGGAGGCCAUGCCCGUCAGGCUGGGCAAGACAGUGCUGAUGGCCUCAUGGAGGUCCUGACAAGUUCCUGGAAUGAGUCCUUGGAUAAAUCCCUGGUGGUGUCCUUCCUCACGGCAGAGAUCAGCCAGCUCCUCACUCACUGCAGCAAGGAGGAGUUUGCAUGCAGGUACAGGACCCUGCGGGCACUGGCUGACAGCUGGAUCAGGCCCUACGUGGAGGUGAAGCUCUAG